CUCUCUCUCCGCCCUCAAAACCAUUUUUUUUAUUCAUUUGUUUGAGAAGAACAACACCAGUUUCAACCAUCAAAAACGUGUUUGCUUCUUCAACGUCAAAACCCUCCAAAUCAUUCACCGGAAAAACACCUUCAAAGAGCAUGUUCUUCACGUCUGUUUGGUGCAAGAAAUACCAAACUUUAGAGGUCAAAUGAAACUCUAUUGUAUUGUUUCUUUUUAAGUAUGUGCAGUAACUUCCUUAAGAGAAUGGAAAGUCAUCAAGGUGAUUUAGCUGACAUAGUUAGAGCAAUCGGUGGACCGAUAAGCGGCGGUAUCGGCAACACCUCCGGCGAGCUACCGGCUGUCAACGAUUGGCAGUUUCCUUCCGAUCCCAUGAACUAUCCUUCAGGGAUCGAAGUACUCUCCGAUGAAUUUGGCGAUCCGUUUUACAGCAUGAGAGAUCCACUUCGUCACGAGCUCUAUAUGCCCAGUUCAGGCUUUUUCAAUAGCUCAAAUUCAAUCAGUUCAACAAACAUAAUGAAGGCUACUAGUGUUGAAGACACGGGUGGCUUUGGUGGUGGUGGUGCAAUUAUUGCUCAGAAGACUCCUGAUCAGGAGAUGAAAAGACCUUGCAAUAUUUUCUCAAGGAUGCUUCAGAUAUCUCCGAACGUUAAGUUUCCACUAUCUCCUCGUGAUUCUCCAGUGGCGGUCGCAUCACCGAGGGAAGUUAAGCCUCCUAGCUUAGUUUCUAAUGAUAUGACAAGUCCAAGCAGCUCUAAAGGUUCCUUAUUAGAAAACUCGGGGGUUCAGAUCUCAACUCCGAGAAAUACGGGCAUUAAGCGAAGGAAGAGCCAGGCAAAGAAGGUAGUUUGUAUACCAGCACCAGCACCUGCAAACAGUAGGCCUAGUAGUGGAGAAGUAGUUCCAUCUGAUCUCUGGGCUUGGAGAAAGUACGGUCAGAAGCCUAUUAAAGGUUCUCCUUAUCCUAGGGGCUAUUACAGAUGCAGUAGCUCUAAGGGCUGUUCAGCAAGGAAACAAGUGGAACGUAGCAGAACAGACCCCAACAUGUUGGUCAUCACAUACACUUCUGAGCAUAACCACCCAUGGCCUACCCAGAGAAAUGCUCUUGCAGGCUCUACUAGAUCUCAACCAUCCAAGAACACCUCAUCUUCCAAGAAUUCACCAGCCUCUCAGGCUCAAAAAACAACAAUGUUAAAGGAAGAACAUAAGGAGAUCAAUAAUGAUAAUGUGUCCAUCGCCACUGGGAGUUCAAUAACAAGCACAGUCGUGAAAGAGGAAAUGGAAGAGCUUGAUGAGAAAAUAGAAAUGGAAGAUGGUGAAUUCAGUGAAGGAUUUCCUCAGAGCUACAGGCCAGAAUUGCCAGACUCCAAUCAUUCUGAGGAUUUCUUUGCAGAUUUAGGAGAAAUAGAGGCUGACCCUCUAAAUCUCUUGUUCACUCAAGGUUUAUCAGGAGAUGAGAGAGUAGACAAGGCCCUUGAUCCAUUUAGUUUCUGUGAUUGGACAGCAAAUAACAGUACCAGAAACCACUACACAUCCUUUGGAGAAGGCUAA